UUGAGUCAUGAAAAGUUCAGUUAUUCUUGGUUGUAAAACCUUAAACCUAAAAUUAAAGAGUUAUAACUUUAAUUUGUCCAUGUUGACACAGUUAGUAGGCUACAGAUGUGAGGAAUAUCCCAGAAUAUUGCAUGAUAUUUAUCAGGCAUGGCAGUCCGCUGCAGGGAUGUAAUUACAUUAGAUUUACUCAAGACAUUGUGGGAGAUCUGCGGAGAGCUAUGAUUUCCUCUUCCAAAUGAACAUCAACACUGUAUUAAUAAAUUAGGAGUUUUUAUUGAAGCUGCAGUCCAGUUUGGGAGAGAGAGAGAAAAAAAGAAGAAACAUAAAUGCAUGAAAGUUUGUAACGAGAAGCACGUGUGGUCCAUCUUGUUGGGCCAGCACCCCCCCAUUCUCUCCCCACUCCAUUUCCCAUCUGUGCCCUUCAGACCCUCACUAGAGUCACCUCCCACUUUCCUCUUCCUUCAGAGCCCGUCUGUUUUUGUUUUUGAGCCUGGGCUCUGCGCAGGAAACGCUGUGUACAUUGGGAGCAUUCAGGAAAGGCAGAGAGAAGCUUUCCCGUUAGCUCUAAGUUUGGGAAUGUGGCAAAAAAAAAAGGGUGCAGUAAUUCCUAAACUAAGAGAUGCCAGCUGUUCUCCUCCUCCUCUCAUACCUGUGUCUCCCUCUCUAGUCUCAACAUUUUGAAAUACCACUGCUAUGAUUAUUUUAGUAAACUUAAAGGGGGAUAAAAAGCUGAGUUCAUGAGGGAACUUGCCUCUCUAUGUCUCAGCUACAGAACAGUAGAAAGGGGGAGACUGUGGAGUGAGGAAUGAAGGAAAAGAGGUGGAGAUAAAAAAGGAGCACACACACAGAGAGGGACAGGCUGGGGGUUAAAAAAAACAACAGGAAACCAAGUGACUGAUGCUGUUUCUGCAAAUUGUUGAGAUAAAGCAGCAGACUGCCUUGUCUCAGCAAAGCCACAGCCUCAUCAUGCCCUUUCUUGAGUCAUCUCCUAAAAUUUUAACACUCUAAAAAAAAAGAAAAAGAUGAGGUGAAGUUUUCUAAGUGACGUCAGUGCUGCUCUUACCAGUGUGGUUUGUCAGAGUGAGCGGAUGCAGACAUUUGGAAGCUGUGUGCCUGGAUCUCUAUGUGCCUGCUUUUUGACCUGCCAUCUCAACCUUCUCUCAGGUCAUAUGGAUCGGUCGUCGAGCUCUCGAGGAACUUUAAGYUGUAAUCGUCCGGACUACUAACUGGAGCCACAUGAAGAAUAGAGGGAAUAAGCAGAAGUCCAAAAAGAAAGGAAGUGAGAAUGCGUUCGGCUGUGACCUGAUAGAACAUCUUCAGAAUUCAGGACAAGAUGUUCCUCAGGUCCUCAAAAACUGUGCAGAGUUUAUUGAGAAGUAUGGGAUUGUGGACGGAAUCUACAGGCUUUCUGGAGUCACCUCAAAUAUCCAGCGUCUCAGGCAGGAAUUCAGCUCUGAGGCGUGCCCUGACCUUACAAAGGAAGUGUACCUCCAGGACAUCCACUGUGUGGGUUCUUUAUGUAAGCUCUACUUCAGGGAGCUUCCCAAUCCUCUGCUCACAUUCGAGCUGUACAGCAAAUUUACGGAAGCUGUCUCAGUUCAGGGAGACCAUGAGAGACUUUUACACAUCCAGAAUGUCGUCAAAGAGCUGCCGAUCCCUCACUACAGGACUCUGGAGUAUCUUACUAAGCAUUUGGCCCGCCUCGCCACUUUAAGCUCCCAGACAAAYAUGCAUACACGUAACCUGGCCCUGGUGUGGGCUCCAAAUCUGUUAAGAUCUAAGAACAUUGAGGCUCCAUCUGGUAAUGGAGACAUGGCUUUCCAGGAGGUGCGGAUCCAGCAGUCAGUGAUUGAGUUUAUUUUAAACCACACAGAGCAGAUCUUCAGUGCUGAUUCUGCUCAAGUAAAACCCAAAGAAGGACCAAGUCUGGUGUGUGGGGAGAAGUAUGCCACGCUCCCGAUCAGUGGCCAGAGUGGGCCGAUGAAGUUAAUGAGUCUGGAAGAGGCCCGGGCCCGCUCCUUAAGUCCGGACCAUCCUGUGCACAGAGAACGUCAGCGAGAGAACAGUCUCCCAGACACAAGCACUGCAACGCUCUAUCAYACCGUCAUCGACAUAUCAGACAGCAAGAGAAAAUUUUCUGGGAAAUCAAAGAAGUGGAAAUCCAUCUUUAACCUCGGAAGAUCUGUAGAGUCAAAGGGAAAACUGAGCCGAAACGGCAGCGUGUUCAUAAGAGCACAAGGGGGAAGAGAAAAGGCAGCUCUACGUCCAUCCAGAAGCAUGGAGUCUUUACCACCAGAUGAUGACAGACCUGGCGGCAGCAGUCCAGGUGGUGGAUCCAGCAACAUUUUUAUUCCUGAUGUCAAAUCCCGAACCCUGGGAUCCGACUCGCUUCUUGACCUGAACGAACACGACCAAAACUGGGACUUUAAAGGGAAGAAAGCUGGUGUCGCAGCAGCCAGCUGGAGCUCUGGCAUGGACCAAAGGGACUCACCGGGAGCUUCCCCGCCCUCCCAGAAGACACUACCCGAGCAGCUGAAGGUGUUCAAAGGCGAUGACCUCAGCAGCUACAAGCCCACGUCUCCAAAGAACAGGAGGAUGCUGUACUCAGGCUCCUCCCGGCCCUCGUUCCCAGGAAGCUUCUUCCCUCUGGAAUCCUCGCCAAGGCACCAACGCAGAGCCGUCAACAUAUCRGAGCCUUUCGCUGUGUCUGUACCGCUGCGUGUGUCGGCCGUCAUCAGCUCUAACAGCACGCCAUGCAGGGUGCACAACAAGGAAAAAGCAGCCACUCUAAAGCCGUGUAAAGAGCCCUCAGAGCAGAGCGGCAACAUUAAAAAGAGCAAUACUUUCCCCCUGCUGGAACCAAAGAAGCAGGAAGGAACAGAGAAGAAGCACACAAUAGUGCUGACCUCUGGACUGUCUCCAAAAGAUUCAAGCAGAGAGGUCAUUCCAAAAAAUCAAGAAGAGAAGAAAACUUCUCAACAGGAAGCACUGACCAAAGCACAGGCAAGAGAAAACAAGGCUGCAGCGCCUCCCUCUGGGGAAGAAACACAUGACCAUCCUUCAGAAACACAACUGGAUCACAAACCCUCGACAGGAGAAAGCAUCCAGUUAAAGAAAACUGAGCCUGAAGCUGAGCUGCGGGGUCAGACUCCCACACCUGUUUUCACCUCAGUGAGCACUUGCGGGAGCUCUAAGUUAACGAUGGAUGUCAAGUCAAAGAGAAGUCGAAGCUCUCCGUCUUUGUUUUUGCUCUCUAGGGAGUCUUCAUCAAAUGUCUCGAAGGGUGAGCGGAUACCUGCCACCAGGUCUGUGUCCAAACAGAAACAGCCAUCAGAAUCGGACCUCUUAGUUUGUGUACACAAAAGUGCUGACCUCAUCUCUGGCAGGAAACUUCCAAACCUCCRACUUGAGGACAUUCCUGGUGCAAAGGAGAGGCUAAAAAGGCAACAAAUCCUACCUUUAAACACAGAUGGCCCAGCUUAUACCAAGCAGUGCCCACCUUUCUUUAAGGAAACCAACUUAGAUCAAAUCAUAAACCCUUUAACGAUAAAAGAUCUUCCACAGGUGGCAAGCUUCACAGGUUCCGACUGUAGAGACAGAACAUCUCAAAAACACGAAGUCCCUAAAGAGGACAAAGAAAGUUCUCAUAACGGAGCGAAGAAAAGCCUAAACCCAGAGAUGGAGGCGAGUCAGAAACUCUCAGUUUGGUUAGAGGAGAAACGCAACUCAGUGGAAGUGCYGGACGACGAAGAGGGAUGUGGGGAACAGGUGGAGGAGCUGGACUUGGUGGAGCCCUGGGAGGAUCUUAGCUCCACUAAGCAGUGGGUUACCAGCCCUCUCCACUCACCAGAUAUAGAGGAGCUGUUCAACCAGCUGUCCCCCUUCAGCUCAAAGGGAGAAACUCAGAGUUCAGAGGGUGGCCAGAUUCCAUCACCUUCAGGUGAUGAUGACAAACAGCCUUUUACUGGGAGUACUGAACAGUCCUCAGGGCAUCCUCCUCAGAAUCCCAACUCAGAGACUAAGCGUUUGCCGACAACUCGACUGAGUCUAAGCAGCAGUAAUACAACACAACCUCAAACAGCAAAGGGCAGCUCAGCAAAACAGAAAACUGCAGCRUCAUCUCAGARGUUUAACAGACAAAUGUCUUUUGAAACGGCUGUACUGGAGAAAAGAGAAGAAAGUCGCUCUUCUAAAACCAGACCCUGCUCACUAAACCUAGACCUGAGCCAUCGCUAYAUCAGAGACAUUUCAAAUCAGCAAAACCGUAACUCAUCAGAGUUCUCCUCGUGUCAGAAARGUUUACCCGCUUCAUCCGGAACUGUGACUAGAGGGCAAUCUGACCUGGAGCUGUUUCUGAGCGAUCGGCAGGCGCCGCUUCGUCGRAACUCGGCCCCGGUCAGCGUGUCAUCGGUGCGCACGGCCUUCAUGAUCAAAAAAUGCCAGGCUAAGGCCGUGCCCGUCGUCCCGCCAAAGGUGCAGUACAGCCAGGUGCCUCACAAUAAUCUAGAGAGUGAUUUCAGCACAGUGAAGGAACAAGACAAGGGAUGCCCCAAAGCAAGUGUGGAAACGAGUGGCGCGGCGCCUCCGUUGGCGAUGACGGAUCUAAAGGAAGAGCUGGAGAACAAAGAACCUGGUCCAAAACACCUGAAAACCCCAAGUAUUCAGAAAUCUGCCGAGUCAGGAAGGACCACAUCCAUUCCAGAACUGCCCGUCAUAACCAGGAGACACACUCCCAGUCUGGAAGUGUUCGUAGAUUGCCCCAGACCCAACAGAGGGACUUUACUGCAAAGACCAUCCUUUAGGAACCGACAGAGGCCUCAGAGUCUGAUCCUUCUCAGCCCCCCUUUCCCCAUCAUGGACUACCCACCAUCAGGAGAUGAUGGCAGGCUCCUGUCAUCCAUCAAGAGCCUGAACGACACGUCAGCGUUGAACGUCCUUUCUAAAGAGUUAGCCGACAGUUUCAGGACGCCAGAAGGGAUUUCACUUCAGAAUAAAAUGACCAUCCCAAAGAGCGGACAGAGGCUGGAGACUUCAACCAGUUGCUUCUAUCAGCCUCAGAGAAGGUCCAUGAUAUUUGACAGCAGGAGUCACCGGCAGAUUGAGUGACUGGAAGUGUCCCAAACACUCCUGGAAAUCCAUGCAGAACAGGAAGAAUCUCACAGAAGUAGAUGCCAACAUAUGGGAUUUAGAUUUUAGUUCCURUGAUCAAAAAACAGAAACCAGAGGCCAUGAUUUAUGUACUUUUGUUUUAAUUUUUCCAUUUUGCUUUAAAUUAAACCUUCGUUUAAAUGAUCUCCA